UCGGAAAAAAAAUCGAGCAAAGCCGAACACAGAACACAGAACUCCCUCCCUCUCGCCAAUCUUCCUCUCUCUCAGUCGUGGUGCAAGCAGCCAUGUUGCUGUUAUUGGCUUGUUCCGGUAUCAGGGCAGGAUAGACCGCAUUCGGGGCGCAGCUCCUCGCCUUUCUCCCCCCCCCCACCUCCUGUAACACACACACCUCCUAAAGAAGAAAGCCCCACUUUGCCCGUAAUGGAUUCAACAACUUGAUGAUUAACUCUUCCUUCAGUCGGCGCACCGACAGGACGAGCUGCUGCUAUAUCGCCACACUGCAGUGCAGCACUUGGUGACCGACCUUAUUCGUAUCACGCAACGCGAGAAAGAAAGAGCGCCGGUAAUCUGCGUGGAUUUUUGAUUUUUUUUUUUUUUUUUUUCCUCUUUAUGCGGGACGCCCUUUUGGCAGUCAGCACCACUGCGAUCUGUCGCUGGGCGAUAGAAGCUAACUAGCUAAGGUUUGCCCUGAAAGAGACGUUCGAAAUAGCGAUUUUGGCUAACAGUUAGCCAACGCAACAAAUUCAAUUCGGGGUUUCUCACCUGGCAAUGUUACUGUUUUACAAAGUUUUACCUUUCGUAUCUCUCCUUCCAGGAAUCUCCGAAGUGGGAUAUUUUGACUUGUCCUGUCAGAGUCGGGAAUAACUUUGGCCUGAAAGUUUUUGGACCUCGGACCUAAUUUCUAAGCUUCAAUGUAACAUCUGCUGGCACAAGAGGAGAAUUGAAACGGCGUGGAGGAGCGUUGUGAAGAUAACAUUGGAUAAAAUAUUUAUUUUUUUUCCACCAAGAAUUAAGCUGCCUUAUCGCCUUCAGCUCAGCCGUUGCUCAACUUUUUUCCUCCAAGCUAGCACAACAAGCUAGCUGUCCCAGAAACGUCCCGGUGACUACUCUGCACACUUUUUUUGGCUCUCUGUCUCUAAAUGCUUAUUUGGACUUGAAUGCUUUUAAACCAAGCAGCAACCUGAGGACACCUGCUUUUCCCUACGUUGUUGCCUCCUGACAAACAUGGGGCACGAAGUUGCUACAAGCUAGUCGCUAGCUCGCUGGCUAACUCCCCUAUCUAGCCGCUGAUGUGGGAUUCAACUUGUUGAUUCAACGGGGGACAUCUGUUGGAAGUUUCCCUCCACCAUUAGCUACAAGGGGUUUUAAAUGAGCAAGAGACGCUGAUCGAUCGGCCUUUCUUCACGGUUUUCUCCGAGUGUUUGGGAUAAAAUGUCAACAAGGCCCUCACAGGGGCAAGUCAUUGAAAUUUCAACAGGGCAGGAGCAGAAGUCUUCAUCCGGUCGAUACAGCAUGUCGCGAUGUCCGAACUCGGGGUCCACGGCCCCGUCAGACGAUCAGCCGCACAUCGGUAACUAUCGGUUACUGAAAACCAUCGGCAAAGGCAACUUCGCCAAGGUCAAACUGGCACGACAUGUCCUCACUGGAAAAGAGGUGGCUGUAAAGAUCAUAGAUAAGACUCAGCUCAACUCCUCCAGUUUGCAAAAGCUCUUCCGGGAGGUGAGAAUCAUGAAGAUGCUGAAUCAUCCCAACAUAGUCAAGCUCUUUGAGGUGAUAGAGACAGAGAAGACUUUGUACCUGGUAAUGGAGUACGCCAGCGGAGGAGAGGUCUUCGAUUAUCUGGUGGCCCACGGCAGGAUGAAGGAAAAAGAAGCACGUGCCAAAUUCAGACAGAUCGUGUCAGCAGUGCAAUAUUGCCAUCAGAAAUGUAUAGUACACAGAGACCUGAAGGCAGAAAACCUACUGCUGGACGCAGAUAUGAACAUCAAGAUAGCAGAUUUUGGCUUCAGUAACGAGUUCACGUUGGGGAACAAGCUGGACACUUUCUGCGGCUCCCCGCCCUACGCGGCUCCAGAGCUCUUCCAGGGCAAAAAGUACGAUGGACCUGAAGUGGAUGUCUGGAGUCUGGGGGUCAUACUCUACACGCUGGUCAGCGGCUCGCUGCCCUUUGAUGGACAAAACCUCAAGGAGUUAAGAGAGCGCGUGCUGCGUGGUAAAUACAGGAUCCCUUUCUACAUGUCCACUGACUGUGAGAACUUGCUGAAGAAGUUCCUGAUCCUAAAUCCUUCCAAAAGAGGCAGCCUCGAGCAGCAGAUAAUGAGGGACCGAUGGAUGAAUGUGGGCUGUGAAGAGGACGAACUCAAACCUUACAUCGAACCUCAGCCAGAUUAUAAGGACCCCAAGAGAACAGAUAAAAUGUUGCGGAUGGGAUAUUCCAAAGAAGAGAUCCAGGAUUCUCUGGUGAACCAGAAGUACAAUGAAGUGAUGGCUACGUACCUGCUUCUGGACUAUAGGAACUCUGAGCUGGAUGAAUUACCGCUCAAACCAAGGCCAGGAAGUGACGUAAGCAACACAAAUGCCCCCUCUCCACCUCACAAGGUACAGCGCAGCGUGUCGUCCAACCAGAAGCCUCAGAAUCGCAGAACCACUGACCAGGGCUCCUCCUACACAAAGAGAGGAGGUCAGUCAGACAACCGAUCUACAGCAGAGGAUUCUGGGAGGAAAAGUUCAUCAGGCAGCUCUACCACCAAGGUGGCGGCCAGCCCGCUGGUCUCUUCGGAUCGCAAAAAGAGCGCCACGCCUUCCACUAAUAGCAUCCUCUCCACUGGUACCAGCCGCAGUCGGAACUCCCCGCUGACUGAGAGGGCCACACUUGGCCAGAGCAUUCAGAACGGCAAGGACAGCCUAAACACUCCGGGCUCCCGAGCCUCCACUGCCUCAGCUGCUGCCGUCCUCUCCUCCUCCUCGCGUCCCCGCCACCAAAAGUCCCUGUCCUCCUCCAAUCAUCCAUGCCCCUCUGACCUGCACGCACCACGGCCCAGUGCUGCGCCGCCACGGGCACCUGGUGCCUCCCCGUCUGCCCACAACAUCAGCAGCGCGACCGUGUCGGACCGAACCAACUUCCCUAGAGGCGGCGUCAUCCGCAGCACGUUCCACGCGGGCCAGCAGCGGGGCGCCCGCGACCAGCAGGGCUCCGCUUACCCCGGCGGGCCCGCAUCCCCGUCCCUGUCGCAUGGCAACAGCCAGGCCCGGAGGACGCACGGGGCCACGGGGAUUUUCAGCAAGUUCACAUCCAAGUUUGUACGCAAAAAUCUGUCGUUCAGGUUUCCAAGAAGGAGUCCGUAUGAGGGAGAGUGUCAGGAUGAGGGCAGCAGAUCCGUGCUGAGCAGUACUGUAGACAAGUCGGAGAAGACCUCCGGCGGCGUUCUCUCCUCCUCUUCCAACAACGACGAGAACAACUCCUCACCAGGGUCUGGAAACACUGGCGGCACCGGUACCCCUCCGGCUAACGCCAGCCAGAAGGACGCUGCCAAGCCGCGCUCUCUGCGCUUCACCUGGUCCAUGAAGACCACGUCGUCCAUGGAGCCCACGGAGAUGAUGCGCGAGAUCCGCAAGGUGCUCGACUCCAACAGCUGCGAGUACGAGAUGCGCGAGCGCUACAUGCUGCUCUGCAUGUCGGGCAACCCGGCGCACGACGACUUCGUCCAGUGGGAGAUGGAGGUGUGCAAGCUGCCGCGGCUGUCCCUCAACGGCGUGCGCUUCAAGCGGAUCUCGGGCACGUCCAUCGCCUUCAAGAACAUUGCUUCAAAGAUUGCCAAUGAGCUGAAACUGUGAGCAGAGAGGAGAGAGGAUGCUGUAGGUGGGUAGUAAGCUGAAGGGUGGGAUCAAUUUAAAAACAUGAUUGUUGUCUAGACUAAAGCCUGAAGUAGGGCUGCCGGUUCUGAGAGUAGAAACCUUUCAGAUGGAGAAGAUUUGCUCCAUGAAGGGAGGCUCAGAGCCGGCGACCUCUGAGGUGUGAAGUACUUUCAGACCACGGUCUUCUCUCCUCUCCCUGAGGGGGGUUUCUGUCAUCUCCUACUAAGACGUUCCACUCUUCUGCAUGUCUGAUCUUCUCUCUGUUUUUUGUUAGGAGGCACUUUGAUCACUCGGACCACUCCAGUUUUUCCUCCUUGUAUUUAUUCAGUUUCUGCACGGUUCUACUGUCAGGUCUUUCUGGGUGGGGGAGGAUGGGGGACACUAACCAGGUGGAGGAAAAUGAUCUGUUGAGCCUUAUUUUGCUGGUGAGUUUGGUUCAAAUUUCCUCCGAUUUUCCUGAAAAGUGAAGGGACUCCAGCUGAGCCACGAACAACCCCACAGGUUUGCGAUGGACAAGCUCUCUGAUGGACCCUCUCCACCCAAAGCGAACUCACCUCAGCAUCUGUCCUACCGCCUUCGCUCCUCAUCGCCUUUCCUGCUCCCCCCCCCCCCCCACUUCUUCCGCCUUCGGCACAAACACAUCCGAACUGUCACCUCCUCACUCCGAUUUACUUUAGUUUCUGACCGUCGGGUCAGCAUCUUUAAGUUUCUUCUUUUUUUAUGUGGCUUUUAAAGAGUUGUGCACUGGAACAAGAUGGGAGGGGGGUAUCUGAAGAGGAGGAUUUUAAGUUGCCUUUAGUGGAACAAUUUAAUUUGGGGGGGUUUGUUUUUGUUGUCGUCAUGCUGAAACGGUUUAUUUGUACUGUUAUUCCCAUGAAUCCAGAAUGUCAACCUCUUCUUCUCCCAUCUUCCUCCCCGCUUGUUGAACGUCCCAAAGAGCAAACUCACAGGAAAAGUCGUGUUUUACUUUAAUUUCUUUGGAGGAUGUGAGUGUAAAGAAGAUCACUGGAAAGAAAAGAAAAAAAAAAAAAAAAGAUAAUUGACGACAAAUGGUGAAUUAUUUUCCUCUACUUUUUGAUUUGAUAAUAUAUUUUUGUGUCGUUGAAAUUAUUGGGGCUUUGUACAGAUUUUUGGUUUUUUUUGGGGGAGGGAAGGGGGGGGGGGGGUUCAUUUGGAUCAUAUCAUUGCUGCCUUUUCUUUUUGUUUUUUGGUGUACUGCACCUUUAACAGCUUAGAUCUAGCACCAACCCUCCCUGUAUUAUUGAUCUAUUUGUUGAUGAUGAUAAUGGUGGUGGUGAUGAUGAUGAUGACUACUGCUGGUUUCUUUUUUUUUUGGCCUUUUUUCUAUUAUUAUUUUUACUUUAUUAAAGGCCUUAGUUGGUCCAGAAUGGCUUGAAGCAGAUAGAGAGAGUUUAGUCUCUCUCAUAUCGGAGCAACUCGUUCACGCAAGAAACGAUUAAAACAAAAAGAAGGUAGAAAAAAAAAAAAAAAAGUACACCCCACCCGAGCAGCCUCUGUGGUCUGCGUCUGACGCUUCGGUUUGGGCUGAAGGGAUAGAAAUGAAAAUAACAAAAGCGAAUCAGGCUGACGAAGCCUGGGAGCUCAGUUAGUCGAACUUAA